CAGAGAUGGGCAAUGAUGAGAUGAGAGUGGAAAUGUGGGUCGCAAACUGCACAUGUUGCCAACAUACAUCUCCUCUGGAUUAUUUUCCAACAUGUCCUUCUCGUUCCCAUCCAUUCCACUGUUGCCAGUGCGUCCCCAGCUGUCCUUUUUGCCUCCAAAACAAACUUGCCUUCGGUUACUGUGUCCUUUCUUGUUCUUUUUGCCCACACCCGUCCACUGCACCAGACGGACCAACACCUGAAACAACUAAACCAGUCACCGAAAUUUCCAAUCCAGGAAGCGAAACAUCUGAAACAAACAAACCAGGAAGUGAAACAUCUGAAACAACCAAACCAGGCGAUAAAACAACUGAAACAAGUAAACCGGGCGACGAGACACCUAAAACAACCAAACCGGGUGGCGGAACACCUGAAACAACUAAACCUAGCAGAGGAGGGCCAGGCGAACCACAUAGGAGCACAGAAGACACCAUCCAAUUCCCCAUUUCGACAAAUCCUUCCUGGAGUAAUCCAAAACUUUAUGGUUGGGGAUUCCAGCAUUGCCUAGUGAAUGUGGGAAGUAGCCUCGUCGUUUCCUCCAUUAUGGUCAAUAUUGGCCGAGGUGGCAAUGUAGAGAAAGCAAAGGCAGUACAGGCUUCGUUGUUUGCAAUGGGAAUAAAUACAAUGCUGCAGAUUUGGAUUGGUACUCGGCUUUCUGUGUCUAUGGAAUCAUCCCAAGCUUACACCAUUCCUAUCAUUUCUAUUGCUUUAUCAACUUUCAGUAAUUAUAGUGACUCACUUGAUUCCCAUCAGAGGUAUGAGGAAUUCAUGAGACGUGUACAAGGAGCAAGUCUCAUUUCGUCCAUCUUCCAAAUGGUGAUUGGUUUCUCUGGUUUGGGAAAAUAUUUUGCUAGACACCUUAGCCCACUGGCUUCUGUUCCUCUUGUAACUCUCACGGGACUCGGACUCUACGUCCGUGGAUUUCCACUGGUGGCCAAGAGUAUUGAAAUUGGACUCCCAGCUUUAGCUAUUCUGGUUUUCUUGACUCAGUUUCUUCCCCGCAUAUGGAAAGCAAAAAAAGAGAUGGUUGGACAAGUAGCAAUCGUAUUAUCUGUUUCAAUUGUAUGGAUUUAUGCAGAGAUUUUGACUGCGGCUGGUGCAUAUGAUAAUACAACUCAACAAACACAAACUUAUAGCCGUACUGAUAGUUCUGGCCUCAUUGAUGCUGCUCCUUGGAUAAAAAUUCCACUUCCAUUUCAAUGGGGAACGCCCAUUUUUGAAGCUGGUGAUGCUCUUUCAAUGAUGGCUGCUUCUCUUGUAGCUGUUAUUGAGUCUUCUGGUACAUUUUUGGCAUCAUCAAAACUAAGCGGUGCUCCUCCUAUACCUCCCAGUGCACUGACUCGUGGUAUUGGCACUCAGGGAAUAGGAACCAUGAUAGAUGCAGUAUUUGGAACAGGAAAUGGCUCUACUGCUUCAGUGGAAGACGCUGGUCUAUUGGGACUAACACAAGUAGGAAGUCGGAGGGUCGUUAUAGUAUCAGCAAUCUUUCUGGUUUUCCUAUCCAUGUUAGGAAAAGUUGGGGCCUUUUUCGCUUCAAUACCAUUGCCAAUUGUGGGAGCUCUCCACACUCUCCUCUUCCCUUAUGUGGCUUCAACUGGUCUUGAAUAUCUGGAGUAUUGCAACGUGAAUAGCUUCAGAUCAAAGCUCAUUCUAGGUUUUUCUCUCUUCAUGGGUCUCUCUGUUCCUCAAUACUUCAAGGAAUAUGUUUUUCUUACUGGUCAUGGUCCUGUUCACACUGGCUCCACCUGGUUCAAUGACGUAAUCCAAGUGAUUUUCUCAUCUCCACCAACAGUUGCUCUUAUAGUUGCUUUCUUUCUGGAUAGAACUCAUACUCCUAGAGCCCGCUCCACCUGGAAAGACAGUGGCAGGCAUUUGAAGGAGCAAUCAGAUGAGUCGGAAAAGACUCGAGAAAUCUAUGAUUUAAUUACUUCACUUGGUGAUAUGUGCUCUUAAUUCUAACUGAUAUGUUUCGUCCACUGUACAUGAAACAAUAUGUGCUUUCUUUUUCUUUUUUCUUUCAUGGUUACAAUCGGCCUCGAUUGAGACUCGAACUUAAAAUAAAAACUAAUGACGAAUCCAUUUUCAACCAUUGGUGCAUAGAGUAACUAAUUUGUAUUAUAGGGUUUAAUAUAUGUAAUAUGUUUCCCAUGCAAAUGAAGAAAUUUAAUAAU